UAAUUUGGGAAUUUUUGAAGAUGUAUUUAUAAUUUUAGAAAUUGUUCGAACAUUUGUUUUAUUUAAAUAAAAAUAAUUCCGAGGAGUUUAUAAGGGUUUGAUAAUUUUCCAAGGUAUAAGGAUUUAUGAUUGUUAUAGGAAAAUUACUAUCAGAAUUUUUGAGAAGGUUCAAGGUAGGUGGAAAAUUCGUCCAAGACUAAAAUAAUUAGGAAAAGUGGUCAGUUUUGAAGGGAUUGGUUUUAGAAAAAUUUUAAAGUGGGUUAGGAGACCUUGGGAGCGAGCCUCAAAGACUGGAUGUUGAGGAGAGGAUGUCCUAGUGACUCAAAAGGGAAUUUUAAACCGAGAAAGGUCGACUAAAGUGGUGACUUUCUUAUUAAUAGGUUCACCGAGAUAAUUCUGCUAGGGGGGGAUUUCUUCGAGUAAAGAAUCGAGGAGUCAGCUUAAUAAGGUGAGUGUAAAGGGGGUAAAUUCUACGCUUUACGUAUUCUUUUAAGUAUUACGAUUUUAAGUAUUUUAGCGAUUUGGGUAUCGUUGUUUGGUUAUGUGUAUGAUUGAUUAUUUGUGCUUUGCUUGAGUUACUUUGAAAGUGAAUGUUUAUUAAUUACUUUGAAAUUUCUAUGAGUAUAAGUUAUUGUUAAAGUUUAAUAAACAAGGUCUUUUUAAGAAGUAGCUCACCUUCAAAGAAGGUGAAGUCGUUUUAAGUAUUUUUAGUCACUAGCGCCAGUCCGUUGCCUUUUGAGAUCUUUGAGACAGAGCAGCAGUUAUGCUCUUGAGAUAUUUAAGUUGGGCAGCAGUUAUGCCCUUGAGAAUCGUGGUGAAGAGCCACCACGAUAAGUUUAACAUGUUAGGGGGAUGAAUCGUUACGACUUCCCUAACUAAGUUUAAGUUUAAGGAAAGCCUAGAUGGCUUCUCAUACGUAUGAGUGGGCAACCAGACUAGCUAGUGAGGGAUCCCAGUGUCAGUCAAAAAGAUUUAAGUCAAGUUUUGAGCUUUAAGAAGGGAGCUUUAACUCCCGAAGAAUUUUUGAGUUAUAAGUGUUACGAGUGGAAGUACAAAACAACUUCCACUAGUAGAAGUUAAGUGUUUAGAGAAGAAUACUAAAGUACCAUAGACUUUAUCGUAAGGGCGUAGACUGACCCCAACUCACUCACCAGAUCGUAGAGGAGGAAAUCCUAACCAGCCAGUCCGUGAGCAGCAAGCUAGAGGGACUCAACACCAUCGUCGCUGAGAGAUGUCGAGCCAGGCGUCAGAUGCAAGUGUUGGCCCGCAGCUCACACCACCGGUGCCAGUACCAGAGAGGCGUCCACCAGACUAUGUAGGGUUCCGGAAGAGAAAGGUGGAAGAUUUUAAGGGGGGACGUUCAACAGACCCCAUGGAAGUAGAGCAGUGGCUAGCUAAGGUCACUCGUACACUGGCCGAGAUGAGAGCUGAUGAUGAGGACAGAGUGCUGCUGACAGUGUCCUUGCUGCAAGACGCUGCAUACAACUGGUGGACUACCCAGCCAGCUAGUCGAGAGGAUCCACCGACCAUCACUUGGCCAGAGUUCGUGCAGCUGUUCAAAGACCAUUUCAUUCCGGAGGCUUACCGGAUCGGGAAGCAGAGGGAAUUUUUGCUGAUCAGGCAGAAGUGGGGCAAUGAAGGCAGGGAAAGCGUGACUGAGUACACGGCCAGGUUCGACAAGCUACUUACUUAUGGAGGGCCUCAAUUUCAGGAUGUAGCCGCUCAACGCAUCCAUUACCUGGAGAGCCUGAAGCCUGCUUUUCGCCGCCAGCUGAGUAUUCUGAAUUGGAACAACAGGGAAGAGAUCUAUCAGGCGGCUCUUCGAUUGGAGAGGGCGGAUACAGCUCUAUAUGAGGAGGGGAUACAACGAGAAGGGAACAAGAGGAAGGCUGUUAGCCUGUCUGAGGGGCCAGGACAGCCGAGUCAGCAGAGAAGGAGACCAUCCCAGAACUACUAUGGAGCCACCCAGAGUCAGGCCGGCUCAACCAGAUCAGGGCCAACCUACAUUCCUCGGGACCCAUGCAACCAGUGUGGGAGGAUCCACCCGGGAGAGUGUAAGGUGCAUCUGGGAGGCAUCUGUUAUCACUGCAAUGAGCCAGGCCACUAUGCCAGAUAUUGCCCUAGGAAGGGAGGAGAGGGGAGAGCCCAGUCCGAGCAAUCAGUCCGGGGCGGAGGAGGAAGAACUCAGACCGGACAACAGUUUGGCAACCAGCCAAACCGGUCUAAUCCCCAGCAGGGAGGAAAUGCAGGGCGGUUCAACCGCAAUGAGCGGGAUCGAGGGCAAGGAUCUCAAGCAUCUGGGCAACCAAGACUGUUUGCCAUGAGGAGAGAAGAAGCUGACGCUGCACCUGAGGUGGUGACUGGUAUGAUCUCGCUUUACCACCAGCCCGCUUUUGUGUUAUUUGAUUCCGGUUCCACGCACUCUUUCAUUUCUACCAAGCUUGCUAGAACCUUAGGUAUUCCAUUUGUGAGGUUGGGGCAGAAUUUAGGGGUCAGGACCCCAGUGGGGGAUACCCUUAUAGUAGACUCAGUCAUUCGGGAUUGUGCUAUCACUGUGGCGGGACACGAAUUCGAGGCGAACCUAAUUUUACUACCCUUCGACGAGUUUGAUGUCAUCUUGGGUAUGGAUUGGCUGUCAAAGAAUAGAGCAAAGGUGGACUGCUACAAGAAGGAGGUUAGCCUGGAGGUGGAAGGAAAGGGCACUGCUUUGUUCAAAGGGACUAAGAAGCUUAUCCCUGGGUGCUUAAUCUCCGCGGUUAAGGCAUUCUCAUUAAUUCAAGAAGGAUGUGAAGCAUAUUUAGCUCAUGUUAAGGAGGUGCAAGAGAAGAAGAUAGAAGAUGUACCUGUCGUCAGGGAAUACCCCGAGGUAUUUCCCGAAGAUCUUCCGGGGCUACCGCCGCAGCGAGAGGUAGAGUUUGAUAUUGAAGUGAUUCCUGGCACGGCACCGAUAUCUAUUCCUCCUUACCGUAUGGCACCAGUGGAGUUAAAGGAGUUGAAGGAGCAGUUGCAGGAACUGUUGGAGAAGGGGUUCAUACGCCCUAGUGUAUCACCAUGGGGAGCACCAGUGUUAUUCGUGAAGAAGAAGGAUGGCAGUAUGAGACUGUGCAAUGACUAUAGGAAGUUGAAUAAAGCUACCAUCAAGAACCGCUAUCCUUUGCCAAGGAUAGAUGAUCUCUUCGACCAACUACAAGGAGCAAGGGUGUUCUCGAAGAUCGAUCUACGGUCAGGGUAUCAUCAGUUGAGGGUGGCAGAUGGUUCAGUACCCAAGACAGCUUUUCGCACUAGGUACGGCCACUACGAGUUCUUGGUCAUGCCGUUCGGACUGACCAAUGCACCAGCAGCUUUUAUGGCACUAAUGAACCGGGUUCUUCACGAGUACUUGGACAAGUUUGUCAUUGUCUUCAUAGAUGACAUACUCAUCUACUCGAGAAGUAAGGAGGAGCACGAAGAACACCUUGGGGUGGUUUUGCAGAAAUUGAAAGAGGAGAAGCUAUACGCCAAGUUCUCGAAGUGUGACUUUUGGUUGGAGGAGGUCUUGUUCUUGGGUCAUCUGAUUUCUGGGCGUGGGGUUGAAGUGGAUCCCAAGAAGAUUGAAGCUGUAACAAACUGGGCUCCACCAAAGAAUGUUUCCGAAGUGCGGAGUUUUCUGGGUUUAGCUGGGUACUACCGGAGGUUUGUGGAAGGGUUCUCCAGCAUUGCACGACCUAUGACACAACUAUUGCAGAAGGGGAAAGCAUUUGUUUGGGACGAGAAGUGUCAAACGGCGUUUGAGUUGCUGAAGGAGAAGCUUACCUCUGCACCAGUGCUAGCACUACCGACCAGCGGUGGGGAGUAUUCCAUCUAUAGCGAUGCUUCCUACCAAGGCUUGGGUUGUGUACUCAUGCAGGAUAAGAAGGUGAUCGCCUAUGCCUCCAGGCAGCUACGACCCCAUGAGGUGAAUUACCCCACCCAUGACCUGGAGUUGGCAGCAGUGGUCUUUGCCUUGAAGUUAUGGAGACACUAUCUCUAUGGCGAGACGUUCACCAUUUUCACGGAUCACAAGAGCCUCCAACACUUGACUGAUCAGAAGGAGUUGAACAUGAGGCAGAGAAGGUGGAUGGAGCUGUUGAGCGAUUAUGACUGCACCAUUAAGUACCAUCCGGGAAAGGCAAAUGUGGUGGCUGACGCCUUGAGCAGGAAGAGGGAGAGCCCUUUACCGGAGUUGGUCUCUUUGAGGGCCAUGAACGUGGAUUUGGAGCUAGAAGAGGUAACAAAGUUGCUAGCAACUUUGAAAAUUCGUCCUAUGCUGCAGGAACGAAUCAGGGAGAAGCAGAGUGAAGAUUUGGAAAUUGAGAAGUACAAGAAGCAAGUGUUAGAAGGGAAGGACACAAAAUUUGAACUGGUAGAUGGGGUACUAAUGUAUCAAGGAAGGUUGUGUGUCCCGGAUGUCGACAAGCUAAGGAAGGAUAUUCUGGAUGAGGCUCACUCUGCGCCCUAUGCGAUGCACCCUGGGGCUACUAAGAUGUAUCGUACCCUCAAGGAGCAUUUCUGGUGGCCAGGAUUGAAGAAAGAGGUAGCUACACAUGUCUACCAGUGCUUGGAGUGCCAAAUGAUCAAGGCUGAACAUCAAGCUCCAGUCAUUGAGCACCUACCAUUGGAGAUCCCGCAGUGGACUUGGGAGAAGAUCACCAUGGAUUUUGUGUAUGGUUUACCGAGGACCCCAAGGGGAAAUGAUGGAGUAUGGGUGAUUGUGGACCGCUUCUCGAAGGUGGCUCAUUUUAUACCCAUCAAGUUCAAGCCAGGAAUGGAGGAGCUGGCUAGGUUGUAUGUGAGGGAGAUAGUGAGAUUGCAUGGAGUUCCACUUAGUAUCGUGUCUGAUCGCGACCCUAGCUUCACGGCACGAUUCUGGGUGAGUCUUCAAAAGGCAAUGGGCACUAAAGUUCACUUCUCUACCGCAUAUCACCCCCAGACAGAUGGGCAGUCAGAGAGGACGAUUCAGACACUAGAGGACCUGUUGAGGGCGUGUGUCUUGACCAUGGAAGGAGCUUGGGAUGAGCAUUUGCCUUUAAUGGAGUUCGCUUACAACAACCAGUAUCACAGCUCGAUACAAGCAGCUCCAUAUGAGGUAUUGUAUGGGAGGAAGUGCCGUACACCAUUGUACUGGGAUGCAGAGGGCAUGCGACAGCUGGAGGGUCCGGAGAUGAUACAGAAAGCAGUGGAGAAGGUGGAGGUGAUUCGCCGGAACUUGAAAACAGCUCAAGACCGGCAGAAGAGUAAUGCGGAGAGGCCAGGGAACCCGCGAAGUUAUGAAGUGGGUGAUAUGGUAUUCCUAAGGGUGUCUCCUUGGAAGGGAGUGAUGAGAUUUGGUAAAAAGGGAAAACUUAGUCCGAGGUAUAUAGGUCCAUAUGAGGUGUUGGAGCGCAUUGGACCUUUAGCCUAUCGACUUGCCUUACCUCCCAGCCUAUCUAGGAUCCACGACGUUUUCCACGUCAGCAUGCUAAGGGCGUAUCGAUCCAACCCGGAGCAUGUGAUCAGACACGAGGACAUCCAGUUGGAGGAUGAUUUGACCUAUGAGGAGGUUCCAAUCCAGAUUGUGGAUAGGCAGGAGAAGGAGUUGAGGAGGAAGAAGAUUGCCAUGGUAAAGGUGGUAUGGAGAAACCAGGGCAGCGAGGCUGCGACUUGGGAGACAGAGAGUAGCAUGAGAGAGAAGUACCCAGAGUUGUUUGUUGAUGUUUAGAUUGGUAGUGGGCGAACUUCUGUGUACUCUCAUUUUUUUUUUUUUUUUUGGUACUCUUUCUAGUUCCCAUUUCUCGAUUUUUUCAAUAAUAAGACCCGGGGGUUCCAGCCGGACUUACGAUUGCUAGCAACCCAGUUCAACCUACAAUUUCGAGGUCGAAAUUUCUUAAGGGAGAGGGAAAUGUUAUAUCCCAACUAGCAUCGUCUCUUCGAAGACAGCGUUAAAUUGUUCAAGUGGUUGAUCUACCGUUCAAAUUUCGGGGACGAAAUUUUUAUAAGGGUGGAGGAAAUGUAACACCCCGAAUUUCGGGUUAUGGUUCGACCAUAAUACGUAACCGGUUGGGUUGUCAGUUGCGUACUAAAAAUUGCAAUCGCGG